GAGGCGGUGGUGAACCAGGCCGGCAUUGAGCUGCUCCGGCGGCUGCCAGGGGUGACGGACGCCAACUGGCGCGCGCUGGCGGACGGUGUGGGCAGCCUGGCCGGGCUGGCUGACGCGGGGCUGGAGCGGCUGGAGGCGCUGAUGGGUGGCGCGCGGGCGGCCAAGACACUGCACGCGUUUUUGCACGCUCCAUGCCCGCGCCUGGCCGGGGGGCCUUCGGAGCCAGCGAUGGUGGACGACGAAGGCGACAGCGACGGACUGCCGAAUGAGGCCGGGAGGGAUGGUGGCGACAGCCGGCAGGGCGGAGGCACAGCUUAG